AUGUCCACUACCCAGAUUGACGAGGGUCUUCAUGGCUAUGGCAGUACUCUCGAGAAAGAAAAUACCAAUCAAGUCAAGACCCUAGGUCAUCUGCGUCUCCGACAUGCUGAAACGAACGAAGUGAUUCUGGUUCCUACGCCAUCUUCUGAUCCCAAAGAUCCUCUCAAUUGGCCAAGGUGGUUCAAACUAUACACAGCGAUCGCAGUAUGUACCGCUAUGGUUCUAUGCAACUUCCUCGCUGCCGGGCCUACGCUCGCAAUCAUUCAGACAGCAGAGGACUUCUUCCCCAAUUGGCAAGUAACAGGCUUAUCGAGCGCCAUCUCAAAGACGGCCUAUUUCUUCAACUGCACUGCCCUAUUCCAGGGACUAGGUAACCUUUUCUGGAUGCCUCUGAUUAACAAGUACGGUCGUCGGCCUGUCUACGUCACUGCAUUCACGAUUUAUACCAUUACCGCGGUAUGGUGUGCUGUGGCUAAGGAGUAUGCCAAUUUCUUGGUUGCUCGCAUUGUCAUGGGCAUUGCGGCUGGUGCCGGUGAAUGUCUGGCGCCGGUGACUAUUGCCGAUAUCUUCUUCCUGCAUGAGCGUGGAACUAUAACUGCCCUUUACAACGCCUCUCUCAACCUAGGUGUCGCACUCGGUGCGAUCGUCGACGGCUUCAUCGUGAAGGACUACCCAUGGCGAUACAUCUACUAUGUCGCGAUAGCCCUAAUCGGCGGGGUCACCCUCGUUGUAUACGCAACAUUUCCCGAGACGGCAUAUAAAAGAGGACAUGGCUCAGCAGAUACCUUCACAACACUUACCGCAUCUGGUGGACGAGUACGCCGCAACACAAAGAGCGAAGAAGAGGGCACUUCUGAGAUCCACGAAGUCGUCACCAGAGAAACGGUGAACAGUAAUGGAGGUUGGAUCAAGGGUCUCAAACUUUACCACGGCAAAUACACGGACGAAUCGCUCUGGCAGAUGACCAUCCGACCGGUGGGACUUCUGAUUCUCCCCCCAGUUCUGUGGGCCACACUUGUGAUGUCCGUGACUAUUGGAUUCAUCACUGCUAUCACCUCAAAUGUGGCCUCGGCCUUCUCUUCUACGUAUGGAUUUGCGGCUUGGCAGUCUGGUCUUUGCUUCUCGGCUGCUAUCGUUGGAUGUUUCUUCGGUAUCAUCCUUGGUGGACACUUAUCAGACUGGGUCGCUGAUUACUUUACCCGCCGCAAUAAUGGUAUUCGAGAGCCCGAGAUGCGUCUUCCUGCGAUCAUGGUUGGGGCUAUUACUGGACCUCUUGCGUUAGCUCUGUAUGGGUGUGGUAUCCAGUACAAGAUGCACUGGAUAGUUCCCACGCUGGGCAUUGGACUGAUCAACUUCACCAUCACGCAAGCCACCAAUGUCUCCCUUGUCUAUACGAUCGAUAGCUAUCGUCCCAUUGCUGGAGAAGUUGUUGUCACCCAGCUGGCCUUCAAGUCUGCCUUUGGCUUCUUGCUCGGGUUUUAUACUAACCCAUGGGUGGACAAGCACGGUUACAACGUGGCCUACGGGGAGAUGGCGGCUAUUUGUGGUGGUGUCCUUAUAUUCUGGAUCCCGCUCUUCAUUUGGGGCAAGGCAAUCCGUCAGAAGACUCUGGGUUGGAGGGUUAUGAAGUGGGUUCGGUGGGAUGUGGACCGUGAAGUUGGCGAGUAA